GGGCAUUACAGAACUAAAUUCAAUCCUCCACCCAGAAAAUCCAAGACCACCGUUGGCGGUGGAAUUUAAAUAAAUGCUUAAAAGAACAAAAAAUACUAUUCAACCCAAAAUUAAAUUGGCCCAUUCUUCGCAACUACUAGAAGGAAUAUGAAAUAUCCUACACUCGUGACAUGUUUGUAAUAAGUUAAAUUCAUUUGUUUAUUUUGGUGUUUACACCAAAACGAGGACUAUUGGAAACACCGGUCUUUCAUUCCUCUUGUUAUUUUGCGCAGAUCUUGAGCCGUUUCGAUUUUUAUUGGAUUUGGGUUUUUUGUUUGGGAUUGAUUUUUGUGGUGAAAGCUUGGAUCUUUUUUUGUUUGAGGUUUGGUUUGAUAGAGAAAGGGGGAGGAUUUGAUUGGCUCAAGAUACCCAGAAGGGGGUUUUUGACAUUGGAGAAGAGGUUUUGAAGGUUUUAGGUUGGUCAAUUUGGAUGCUUUUGGUUACUGGGUUUUGAGUUUUGGAAUCUGGGUCCUGGUGUUUCUGCCGGUUUCAGCUCCAGAAAGUUGUUUCAGGAGCUUUUACUCAAUCAGAUGAGGAAGCCUGGAUUAGGCAGUAGUCUUUUGUCAUACAAUCAAAUUGAUGUUGUCAGUCUGAAGCUAAAUGGAUCGGAUUUUUGCUGAAGUUGUUUUUGUUGAGAGGCACAGUGUGGAAAAGGAUUUAUAGUUUUAAGCUCUGAUAUUGUGAGAUUGACAUGGGGAGCCAAUGCUCCAAACUCAUACCAUGCUGUGGGGAUUCACAAUUCAAUGCAGCAGCGGUUCUUGAAGCUCCCGCUAUUGAAAAUGUGGAGAAGAGCGAGGUUGACUACUUGCCUAGAUUUUGUGAAUUCACGCUUGAGCAGCUUAAAAAUGCUACAUCUGGUUUUGCAGUGGAGUACAUUGUGUCUGAACAGGGAGAGAAGGCUCCAAAUGUUGUUUAUAAAGGGAAAUUGGAAAACCAGAUGAGAAUUGCUGUUAAGCGCUUCAAUAGGGUGGCUUGGCCUGAUGCUCGGCAAUUUGUGGAAGAGGCAAGAUUGGUUGGUCAGCUCCGCAACCAUAGAUUGGUAAAUUUGCUUGGCUGCUGCUGCCAAGGUGAUGAGAGGUUGCUUGUGGCGGAAUAUAUGCCCAAUGACACACUUGCAAAACACCUUUUCCAUUGGGAUGCACAGCCUAUGAAAUGGACAAUGAGAUUGAGGGUUGUUUUACAUCUUGCACAAGCCCUAGAAUACUGCACAAGCAAGGGGCGUGCCCUUUAUCAUGACCUUAAUGCUUACAGAGUUUUAUUUGAUGAGAAUAGUAAUCCUAGAAUAUCUACCUUUGGCCUGAUGAAAAAUAGUAGGGACGGGAAGAGUUAUAGUACAAAUCUGGCAUUUACUCCUCCUGAAUAUCUUAGAACUGGGAGAGUGACACCAGAAAGUGUGAUAUACAGCUUUGGAACUCUUUUACUUGAUCUUCUCAGUGGAAAGCAUAUUCCCCCUAGUCAUGCCCUAGACCUUAUUCGAGACAGAAAUCUUCAGAUGCUGACAGAUUCUUGCUUGGAAGGACAGCUGUCUCAAGAUGAUGGUACUGAAUUGGUACGCUUGGCUUCACGAUGUUUACAAUCUGAACCCCGAGAGCGACCAAAUCCUAAGUCAUUAGUUGCUGCUUUGACUACUCUUCAGAAAGAAACUGAGAUUCCUUCUCAUGUUUUGAUGGGUAUCCCGCACACUAACUCCUGCUCUCCUCUUUCACCACUUGGUGAAGCCUGCUCCAGAAAGGAUUUGACUGCAAUCCAUGAGAUCCUAGAGAAUAUCGGCUAUAAAGAUGAUGGAAUGACAAAUGAGCUCUCGUUCCAAAUGUGGACGGACCAAAUGCAGGAAACAUUAGAUUCAAAGAAAAAUGGGGAUUCUGCUUUUAAGCAGAAGGACUUCAGAACUGCAAUCGAAUGUUAUUCACAGUUCAUUGAUGUUGGAAACAUGGUUUCUCCCACCAUUUUUGCCCGUCGUAGUUUGUCUUAUCUCAUGGAUGAGAUGCCUCAGGAGGCUCUAAAUGAUGCAAUGCAAGCUCAAGUAAUUUCCCCAAUAUGGCACAUUGCAUCUUAUCUUCAGGCUGCUGCGCUUUCUGCACUCGGAAUGGAGACUGAGGCACAAUCAGCACUGAAGGAGGGUACUCUGCUUGAAGCCAAAAGGAACACUGCAGGUGGACACAAGUGAAGAUCAAGGCUGAGGUACUAAAUAUGGCACUUCUCAGUUUCGCUCUCAACAUAUAUAGAUGUUAACGAGGUCCAAACAAGGGAAGUCAAAGUUUCACACUGAUGUUUGAUAUAUGUUGUACGCUAGUUUGUAUUUGAAUUCCUCUAUUUGAUUUGAUCCCUUGUAAAUCAAAUGAUUCCACUAUACAAUUACUUUGAAAAACAAUGAAAAAAAAAGUUGUAGACAGUUGGAGGAAAAGAUGCAGUUCAGGAGCAUGUGAUUUAUGUACAGUAAAAUUCCCUUACAUUCUUUGGGAUGAAAAAACAGUUGGAUUUAGGAAAAGAGCUGUGAGACGGUCUAUCGUUAAUUAUAAGGUUUUUUUUGGAGUUA